AGUGGGAUGUCUCGCUUCUUCUUCAGUCUUUGAUAGGACGUUUUAAAAAAGGUCUGUACUGCACACUCCACAACAGCAGGUGGCGUUGAAUAUCAAUGAUUAGAGACAGCAGCUGUCGUCUAAAAAAUGCGUAUUGCGUAAAAACUGUCCACGGCCGGGAAAGCUAGUCGUUGAAUACUGUAGCUGUCACUACGAUGUCCUGCAUGUAUCUGUCUUUACAAGCAAUCGAAUUAUCAACCUUCUCAUGUAGCGAGUUGCUUACUUGAAACCUCAUUUUUGGAUAGAGUCAUAGUAGAAGUCUCAUUUCAAUAUGAAUGAGCCAGAGGGACUGCGGUUCAGGAGGCUGAACAGACCACAGGUCAUCACAGACGAAUUACAGGAACCCCAAUACAAGGGAACCAGGUAAGCUAGCCUACUCUAAAUAAUACAGUAUUGAUAUUAACAUCAGAUACUGCUUUCCUUGCUAUGUAGUAUUUAUUGCCUCACGCACAGAUGCAGUCAACCACUGUGUUUCAGGCUGCAUGAUUCGUAUUUCCACUUGCUAGUUGAUGAGAGAUGCAGAAGUAAACACAAUCCAUGUAUAGGUCAGUUUUCCACUCACUGACAGGUAACAGUGGAUGAAUUACUUUGCAUUAUGCAUGCAUGGUAUGAACCAAACAGUCAGUAAUAAGUGGAGAUAAUUGGCCAGCAUGCACUGAGUGAUAGUAAGGCCUAUUUAGGUUUGUCAUAGAUGUAUUCUCUCUGAAAAUAGAUGCAUUUGCAUUCUGUGUGUAUGUUUGAGUACUGCAUCAUCCACUGUUGACCUGAGCUGACCUAAUUUAUCUCUUCAAACACCCAAUAACAAAUUGAUAUUAAAAUCUUGAAGAAUAUAACUUAGGCCUAUGCCUCAGUAGCUUAACACAGCUAUCAAACCUUUAUUUAACCCAAAACAUAAAGGUUAUAGGCCUACUCCAUUGUUUAUAAACAACAAGAACAUACAAAUCUUCCAAAUAUUUAUCAUAUGGAUGUCAGACUGUCAGUCCUUGCAUCUAGAACUCUCUAUGAAUUUGAGAGAGGUUACAUUUCCUCAGCAUCAUCCCUCAGCUGUAUAGAAAAGUGGCGGGCGGCUUUAAUUGAUCUAUGUUUUGUUUUCCCCAGUACCUACAGUGGAAAGGUAUUCCGUGUGACCCUAGUGACCUUGGGAGGAUGCCUGAUCCUUCCAUUGCUUGUGGUCUUUUUUCUGCUUGAGUCUCCUAUUCACCCUGAGCUGCUCAGGUGAGAUGUCAAGAAUGAAAAUCCUUCUCUCUUUUUUUCUCCUGGUCUUUAGAAUCAUGUUCACUCCAAUAGCUCAGAAAUGUAUUGACUUCAAGGAAUGUUAAGACUAAUCAGCUUUACUGCAAUAUACUUUAGUCAGUCUGCAUAGUCAACAUUUCUGCUUACUUUUCAACUUUUGGAAAUAACAUUUGUGGAAACUGUUCUGUACAUUUCUACCACAAGACCCUCUGACAGAUUUCACUCAACUGAAUGACUAGGCUUAUACUACUUGUAUAAGUCCCUCUCACAGAUUUCACUCAACUGAUUGACUAGGCUUAUGCUACUUGUAGAACAUACAUUAUGUAGUAUAUAACUUUAGUAUGUAGAAUGGUUUCAAUUGUCCCUAAGCAAUAGAAUUUAUCAUGUAGGCCUAAUGUUUUGAUGCAAAUACAAAAUGCUUAGCCAAACAUGAUCUUAUUUCAAUAAUUGAUUCAUUAAUGAUUGAGGAAAGAUUGAUAAGGCACUCUGCUCAAAGUCUGAAUGCACGGUUGCCAUUUUCUAUUAGGCGCCUCCAGUCAGUUCAGAAUCCCCCUUGUCCACUCCUCUGCCACAACCCCGAUCUCUCCACAACUGCAUAGCCGUAUUUCUCUAUACUGCAUUCUCUACUAAUGCUAUUAGAUUGAGUGAUUUGCUGCCCCAACUUGCACAAUGGCCUUGGGUCAUAGACAAAGCUGAUCUCAUUUAUCACCAGUGUCUGCCCCUCAGAACAAAUAGCAUGCAUCUCCCUGUCCUCAUUACAAUUCAUUGCUCAAUUCUGCAUCCACACUUAAUGAUCCAUUCUGAGGUCUUGGGGCCAAGGAUUUCCUCUCUCCCAUUUCUCCACAGCACUAGGCUCCAGGGUACAGUCUAGUCAAGGACAAGGGUGUUGAUCAGUGAUUCAUACUGAUCCUGUUUCCUCAUUUGUUUCCUCUUGUCUUUUCAGCCUCAAUGAGCCUCCCCUUAUGUCUGGGUGUUACGAGCCCAACUUUAAGCUGAGGGAGGCACAGCGGCUGUUUGAAGACCAGCUUGUUGGCCCAGAGUCCAUUGCCAACUUCGGAGGUUAGUAUGGGGGUAGAGCAUUCCAGUUGGAGUUUCGCCACAUGACAAUGUCCUUCACCCAGUUUGUUUGGGCUUGUGUAAUUCAUGGUGAUGCCACAGUAACAGCAGCCUGAUAUAUCAAAGGUGAUAGGGCAAUGCAGUCUGGAUUGCAGACAUGUCAGCUGGUGACCAAUAAUGGCAGAUGUUUAGGUUUUCCAAAUGAGCUAUGGUAAGCGUGGUCUUAGUGACAGACAGAUAUUUGGGAUGACAUAUAUUUUCACACAUGACAUGACUUCUGCUUGACUAGUAUUCCUCUGCAACUGUUUUGCUUUUCUGAGGUCAUAAUGGUGAACCGUGUCCAACAUAUUGCCCUGGCAUUUUUUCAGUUUCUAAAUGCUAAUUGUUAUUGUCUAUCUCCUUCUCUAGAUGUGAUGUACACAGGUACGGCUGAUGGGAAGAUAGUGAAGAUUGAGGGCAAGAGCAUCACUGUUAUAGCCAGACUUGGCAAGCCACCCUGUGGUAAGUGAGCAAGGACUAGAGCUGUGACUGAUUCUUCACUCAUUGUGUUGCCGGACUCAGUUAGACCUGAUUUCAUAAACUUUCAUUUCACAAUGUUGUCUCAACUCUCAACUUGACAUGAUUUAGACAGAAAUGACUCAACAGAAAUGACUCAACAGUUCCAAUUGCUGAAGACUGGAGUUUCAAAUGCUCAAUCAUAAGCAACUCUUAGCAGUUGCAUUUCACUCGUGCCUUUUAUGGAAUGUUUUUAUACUUGCACAACAAGGAUGGCUUAAUGCACAACAGGCCUAGCAGGUUGGCUCAAAACUGAAAAGACAUGUCAAGAAUAGACUGAGCUCUAACCCUAGUAUUUGCUCAUAUUAAUCAGAUUAGCCUGUUCAAAAUGAUUGAAUUAUAAAUAGCACCCAAUAAAUGAGGAAUUACUUCAGAUACCUCAUGUCCACUGGGUUGUGUGCUAUGUUUUAGAUGGAUCCCGUGAGCAGGAGCCUAGCUGUGGACGACCCCUGGGUAUCAGAGUGGGUCCUAACGGCACCCUGUUUGUAGCUGACGCCUAUCUGGGGCUUUUCGAGGUCAACCCUGUCACAGGUCAGCAGCAUACACAGCUAAGGGCAAGCUUCUACAUAGCAAUGGCAUCACAGUGCUCUAUUUCCUUGAUAGGAUAGAUUUUAAUAUCAGUAAUGUGACAUAGACCGGUUAGGAAUUAAAUAUUUGUUUUUGAAUUUCCCAACAAUUUCACCUUUUACUCAGUAUAAUACAUUUUGUUGCAUAUAAUAUCCUCCAAAUAAAAGCGCUGUAGUAUGCAAGUCAUUUUAGUGAUGUAACUCUCUCUCCUUGACUCAUUCUAAAGGUGAGGUGACCAACCUGGUGUCGGCUGGGCAGAUGGUAGGGGGCCGGAGGCUCUCCUUUGUUAAUGACCUAGAUGUAACACAGGAUGGGAGGAAAGUGUACUUCACAGACUCUAGCAGCAGGUGGCAGCGGAGAGACUACCUUCAUCUUAUCAUGGAGGCCACAGCAGAUGGACGGUAACUGUUACCACAGACCUUAUGGAGAGCCUUGAGCACAUUCUAAAAGCAAGGUCUUGUCUCCUUUGUCAAGAGUUUCUAUUGAUAUUUGAUAUAGAUUUAGGUUAUUAUAGUGCCUUAAAAGCAUGUGUGUUCAUACAUAAUGUGGGUACCUUUCAUUUUUAAGAAGGAAUGGUUUAUAAAGACAACAAACUGAAGUUUGAGAAAAGCUGUCCAUAUGUAACCCUCUGUCUGUCUUUCAGUGUGUUAGAGUAUGACACAGAGACCAAGGAGGUAACAGUGUUGAUGGAGAACCUUCGUUUUGCCAACGGGAUCCAGCUUUUCCCUGAUGAGGAGUCUGUACUGGUGACUGAGACUACCAUGGCUAGGAUUCGCAGGUACUGUAGUUGAUCCUCCUGAGCAACACAACCAGCCUUAUUUAACUAAUUCACUGAGUGAAGAAAUGCUACCCACAGGGGAUUCCCCCCCCCCCCCCUUAUUUCUCUCUCUCUUCCUCUUUUGAAACGUUCUGUAGUUAUCUCUUGUUUCAUCAGAUGCUAGGUUGUUUUGGUGGCCUCUUUGAACGUGCUCCAAGUGCGCCCACAAGGUUUUUAAUUUUUCUCUGGUUUUCAUUAUUUUCUCUCCACCGUAACAAGAUUUCAUUGGUAUAUUUCGCCUUUGUAAUGUCACGCUUUUUAAAACCUGCAAGGAGCACAGUCAAUUCUCCCAAGCCUCACCUGGAUAAAUGAUGCAAGCGGACUGUUGCCUUGGUAACGGAGCCCCUUCACCAAGCUGCCUGAGUAGAAAGACAAAAUUAGCUUGUCCAUUCUCUAAUAGUAAUGCUAGUGUGUUAGAAAGGGGGAGGACACGCAGGUUGAAAUAUCAAAACGAACUCUGAACCAACUAUAUUAAUUUGGGGUCGGGUCCAAAAGCAUUAAACAAGUAUGGCAAUUUAGCUAACUAGCUUGCUGUUGCUAGCUAAUUUGUCCUGGGAUAUAAACAUUGGGUAGUUAUUUUACCUGAAAUGCACAAGGUCCUCUACUCCGACAAUUAAUCCACAGAUAAAAGGGUAAACCGAGUUCGUUUCUUCUAGAAGGCUUCUUGUUCUUUGGACUUUAUAUGGCAGUUGGCAACCAAGUUUAAGGUGCAUUACCACUACCAACUGGACUGGAGUGUGGACCUCAAUUCAUCUUUCAAUCACCCACGUGGGUAUAUGCUCCUAAAAACCAAUGAGGAGAUGGGAGAGGCAGGACUUGCAGCGCGUGAAGUGUCACAAAUAGAACCAAGUUCUAUUUUAGCGCCUGGCUACGCAGACGCUCGUUGAUGCGCGCAAGCAGUGUGGGUGCAAUGAUUGAAUAACAUGUACCCGUAUGUGUAAAUGUAUUUUGCGACGCGAGCGGUGUGGUCAGCAUGUAAUGCAGACAGUUUGGGGACGUUUUCUAUUUGCUGACUGUGCAGAAUGGAAAUCAGUAAAUGGAUUCCUUUUAGGUAUUCCCAGCAAGUAGAUUCUUUCCUCCCUCCCAUAACUGGUUUAUAAUAGUCAUAAGUCAUACAUUUUCCUUUGGCUUUAUCAAUGCAGACAGCUUGCUGAGACAAAUACCCUGGUGCUGCUGAGAACUCUGAAUCUGGGUGGUCUUUCUAUAACACAGACUUCAAAGUAUUGUGAAGACUGCUCGUACAAUAGUUUUUUUGUCAAAUGUUUUGAAUUGUUUCCCGUAAUACCUCUGUCUGUCACACAUACCGUGCGCAUGAGGCAAGCCAUUUUAACCUUAAUCUGCAUGACAGAAUAGACUUUCUAUCCCUCAUCUCCUGAAUUUCCAUUCAAUUGACUGUCUGUGUCCCUCUAGGGUCCAUGUGUCAGGUCUAAAUAAAGGAGGAAUGGACACAUUUGUUGACAACCUGCCUGGUUUCCCUGACAACAUCCGUCGCAGCUCCUCUGGAGGGUACUGGGUGGCAAUGUCAGCGGUGCGGCCCAACCCUGGCUUCUCCAUGCUGGACUUCCUGUCCCAGAAGCCCUGGAUCAAGAAGCUCAUCUUUAAGGUAGAUGAUAUGACAUGAUGUGAUAUCAUAUGGUAUUAUAUGAUAUAAAACAAUAGCUUUGUCCAUUUACAUGGAAGUUUAAAAAAGACUACAGGGAGAACAAUUUGCAUGUCCUAUUUACUGUGACUAUGAGUCUAGUAUUCAUUCCUGUUGGUCUGAUUCUUGGGUGUUUUUGCAUACAAGGGUUUGGGAUCUUGCCAGCUGGAAACAAAUAUUGAAGGGAUUCAUUCAUUGUGACCAUGAGACCAGUUUGUUAGAAUGUGUAUCUUUAUGUGUGAUCUCUAGUUCAGUCGUGUUUUUGUGCUAUGACUCAUCCCUCCCUCCUUCCUCCCUCCCUCCCUCCAGCUCUUCAGUCAGGACAUGCUGAUGAAGUUUGUGCCUCGCUACAGCCUGGUGAUAGAGCUGCAGGAGAGCGGGACGUGCGUGCGUAGCUUCCAUGACCCCCACGGCAUGGUGGCGGCCUACGUCAGCGAGGCACAUGAGCACGACGGCCACCUCUACCUAGGCUCUUUCCGCUCCCCUUACCUCUGCAAGCUGGAUCUCAGCAAGGUGUGAGCUGGGAGCUGAGCACAACCACUUUCUCAGACAAAACCCAUAUAUGAGACUGCUGUCUGCCUACCUAACACCUCCCUACCUAGUCUCUCCCAAAUUAGUGUUUUCCAAUAACAACAAAUACAUCAGAAUUGAUAAGAAUGGCUUAAUGCUUGAUGUGCUGCAUUUGCAUUGCUUUUCACCAGCUUCAGGAAAACAUGGACUAGUCUUCAUUAAGUAUCUGCACUAUUAAGGCGCAUUUGACUGGGAUGCAAAUCCAUCCUUUCUAGUCUUAUCAGCCCACAAUGAACUAUUAGCCCUUUCUGACAGUGCAUUUCAGUUGUAGCUCAAGGAAUGUGUUAUUUAACCAAACAGUCUUUGGGGAAAGUAGUUUUCCCAAAAAUCCCCAUGUUGUAAGGUACAUUGUUUUUCAGGUCUGUGUUUUGGGUUGUUGAAAUGUGCCAAAUUUGUUCUCGAUUUUGUUUGUUUAAACCAUUCAGUAUCUGCACUUUUAGUUUCAUUUUUGCACUAAGCUCUCAUCUCACCCUUAAAUAUAACUGACAAUGUUAUUCUUGUACUUGGAGAAUUUCAAAGACGUCAUCUUAUCAGUUGAAAUACACAUGUAAAAAUCACUGAAUCAGUAUUAUUCUAGGAGUGCCACUGAACUGAUUUAUUUUGUUGUGUAUAUUUAGAAAUCCUAGAUCUAGUUGAUCAUAAUAAAGGUGAUGCAAAAAGAAUACAAAAUAAGUAUGAAUCGUUUCCCCUCAUUGUGAUACAUUUCAUCGGCUUUUGUAUAAUGCACUGUCAACUUCCUAACGUAAUGUCCAUUUUGCCAGCUUUCAGCUGAGU